AGGACCAAUUGUCAUGAGGCCAUCGUCCAGUUCAUCAAGGCGAGGACUUGGGUAAUGGUUGUCUAGGUCCUGUGGCACCAAGGCGCACUCUCGUCGUAGCAGAUCGACCGGAGAUGUCGUCGGCAGUCAAUACCUUGGCCUAGGUGACAUCGUCCGUGCCAGAUGCCGGGACCUACCCCUCCCGUCUUAGGUAGCCCCGAAGCUAUCCAGGGAUUCUUGGUUAGCGCCCAGGAAUGGGCGAUACAUCGGCAAGAACAACUUCUACAUGUACUCAGAGAAAACGCCUACGCUCGGAGAUUUCGAAGAUACAGAGCACAGCAUCCUGUACUUGCCUCCCUGGUUGCCCUUCUCAUGACCAUCGUCUCGCCACCUGCUAUCGUAUGCGGGACUGUGGUUGGGUGUUUCGCCCUCUGCGCUCUUCUCGUGGUUUGUACAGUCGGAGGAUUCAUGCUGUUUUGCUGGCUCGCCAUGGUUCUUUUCGCCUCUAUCGGUCCACUGACUGUCCUGGGUUAUUUUCUAUUCCACGGAUUCCUCUUGUAUCGUCUUGUGCUCUUUACUCUUUGGCUUAAGAGACGCGCCGCUAUCCAAAUCACAGUUUGGAUUCGCAGUGCUAGCCCCUUUAUCGAUCAAUGUGAAACGCAUUUGAAAAACAGGAGACAGGAGACACUUAAAGUCGUGCUGCGUGCAAAGGAGAUCCUGACAAACAGUGCUGUUACCAGCUACCACAGCGGGCUUUUAAAUAACAUCACGAACCGCCUUCAGACCAUCCAGAGCCGGCUCAACCUACCAGGUGCCCUAGCAACAAGAGAGAUGAUUGCCAGCGUCCUUACGUAUCCAAAGUUGAUCGUUGACAAGUUAAAUGCGCAAGUCAAAGUUACAAAAGAAAUAAUUGAUGGAGCGACCGCGUCGUCUACGGAGUACUUGCGCCAGUGUUACGCCCAAAUCGUUCGAGAUAUGCAUCUGACGGUCCGACUUCUUGCGCUUAUCCGGCGACGACUUCUGGCGCUCAUCUCAGCGGCCACGCCCUCAACUCGGCAAGACAUGGCAACUCAACCAGACCGAAUGGACGUCAUGACUAGAGAAGAAAUCGUACGGGCUUUCGCGCCUUCUGCUCGCCUUCAGCCAUAUACCACGUGGUCGCCUAGGACCAGCGCCCUGCAUUGCUACAAUUGGCGGGCGCUGGCCCUUAACAGCGACAUCGACUCUGAUGGGGAACCUGUGGAAUGGGAGAUCGAGGAGGAAUCGGUUUUGACUUCCCCUGAGUGCUCGGAUAGCGACGGUAGCGGCGAUGACGAGCAACCACAAGAGCCCGCGAUCAGCUCUCCAUUAGUUACAGCUGUAGCAGAGGCUGGCAUAACUGCGAAGACCGCUGAUCAACGUAAAGCCAGGGAUUAACCAGGGAUUGCUUUUUGAUGCACUUUUCUUGUAAACCACUGGAGGCACGUGCUUUGUAGAGAUCCUGCCUCAAUAUAUAGCCUGUUGGAAAACCA